CUAACACAUUAAGAAAAUUGCGUCAACCGGUGUCUUUUGUAACCUUAAGUAAGUACUUAUCAAUAAACGCAAUUAGAACUCAUCAGAACAAAUCGAUCGAGCGGAAAAAAUCUUCAGUACAAGUGUUCAAGUCGUAAUUGUCGACUAAAAAGUCGCGGUCGCAAUUGUGUUAGUGCCGUAGUGAGGGGCGGUGUGGCUCCGCCUCCGGAGGCGUAGGGAGGGCCGCGCGAGAGCGGCGCGAGGAGGCCGGAGGACCAGUCGGCCUCACCACCGCGGAGUCACCGCGCGUUGCGCGCGACUGUCGCAAAAAUUCGCGCAACUCACGCCGCCGGUAUCAUACGUGUUGUAAACCAGUAACAUAGUCUUUAUUGUGGGUCUUAUGUUAUUAUAAUUGAUUUACAUGUGUCUUCAGUGAUUAAUUUAAUCAGACUGACAGAUAACUCCAAACAAUACUUGUAAAACUUCAACUAAAAAAAACGGACAACUGUGACUAAAAACUUAAGUGUUUAAAACUUGUGACAAAAAAAGUUUAACCGUCCGCAAACAAUAAAAAAAAAGAUUCUGAAAUGAGUUCGAAUUACGAAUCUGUCAAACUUUCCCGCGCGGUGUGAUCGAAAAUGUCAAAUUCAAACAGAGAAACUGUUCUAAAGAAUUUGUUGUGUGCCAAGGUAGCUGUCAAAAAUGGACUUGACAACUCGUCGCGGGGACAUGUUGGACGGGACAGGGGAAGUGGUGUCUCUAAACGGGAAUGAACAGGUGUGCCGAGAGCUAGUGAACGGAACGGAGAGCGGGUGUGACGUCGGCGUGACCGCGGAAGUGACGCCGGCGAGGAAGACCAGCUCGUUCAGCAUACGGAACCUUGUUGGUACUGAGGACUCUUCUGACAGGCCAGCCGACAGUGCUACCAACCCCAGUGAUGACUAUUACUCCCACAACCAAGAGUAUCAGAAAUACGCCUCAAGCAUGGGGGUUUCGGAGCCCCCUAAAGACGACUCUCCCCGGACGACCCCGGACCUGUCCAGGUCCGACCAGUCACCGUCACAGCCCCCGCCAGGAUCCGCAGACAGCGAUGAUGCUGAUGAGUUCGCGCCGAAGAGGAAGCAGAGGCGGUACAGGACCACCUUCACCAGUUUCCAGCUUGAGGAGUUGGAGAAGGCGUUCUCAAGGACACAUUAUCCUGAUGUCUUUACGAGGGAGGAGCUUGCUAUGAAAAUUGGACUUACUGAAGCUCGAAUACAGGUUUGGUUCCAGAAUCGCCGCGCAAAAUGGCGGAAGCAAGAGAAGGUGGGCCCUCAAGCGCAUCCCUACAACCCGUACCUUGGGGGGGCGGGUGGGGCGCCCCCUCCCUCAGUGGUCGCCUCCAUGCCGAACCCUUUCUCACAACUAGGAUUCGGAUUCAGGAAACCGUUUGAUACGAAUGCAUUGGCGUCUUUUAGAUACGCAGGAGCCCCAGUCCUCGGCUCCCAGUACCUCGGCGCACCUCUCCCUCGCCCGCCACUCUUCAGCGCUCCACUCUACACGUCCAGCCCUCCCUUCCACUCUCUGCUCGCCGGCCUGGCCGCCCCCCCUCGACAGUCCCCAGACCCACCACCCGUCUCACCCCCAAUCUCACCAGGCAGUGAAUCACCCCCUACUCAACCCACAGCGCCAGAAAUAGAAAGAAGGAGUUCCAGUAUCGCAGCCCUAAGGAUGGCGGCCCGCGAACAUGAGCUCAGACUAGAAAUAUUGAGGCAAAGACAUCAUACCGACUUGAUCAGUUGAGCAGUGUUGUUCCGUUUCGGGGAACCUCAAUCCGGUUUCGUAAUUGAAGCUCGACCCGUUGAAGGUUGGCAACAUUGGGAGAAUCACGUCGGGUUGCCGUUACUUAAUUCUAAUUUCGGGAUUCAUGUUGAUUAUAACCUUAUUUCUAAAUUGUUGGGUGUUGAGCAAUUGAGUUUUUAAAUAUAGUACUAUGACGUCAUAGCACUCUGAAUGCCAUUCAAUGAAUCAAUGAAUUAUCAUCAGCUGAUCUAACUGUUCAAUGAAUUUUAUAUUAAUUAAAUAACUUUGCAAUGACAUACCCUUGCAUUCGGGGCGUAACUAAAAGUAAUACCAUUAUCAACAAUUAAAUAAAAUAAUAAACAUAUGAGCAAUCAUCUUGAAAUUUUAACGAGAUAACGAGAGCCUGUUGUACAUCUUAAUUAUAAUUAAAUACUUGUCUGUUAAUGUUGUGGGAGAUAAUGACAAAAAGUAAGAACAUAAUUAAAUGACUCCAAUUAUCUACUUCUUGGCAUAAUUUUGCAAAUAUCUUUUGUAAAAUAAUUGAACGACCAUGUCUACUUAACAUUUUUGGCAAUAACGCCAUGUAAGAUACCUAUUUUAGUAAAUAUUCGUAAAUUUACGUUUUAUAUAAGAUACCUAUAAUUACUUCGAAUCCGUCCAUUAGUAGGCCUUAUUGUUAUUUAUUGUAGGUGAUAAGUACUUUAAGUUUUCUGUAAGUGUAUGUACAGCGGUAUGUCGAAGCCUUAAUUGUGCCUUUACUCAAGAAAAAGUAUUAAAAACCGUGUGUAUAAACCUAAAUAUGGACAAUAAACAAGUUA